AUGGCAUCGACUUUGCUGAGCAGCCAAGCUAACGGCCCGGAUGGGCCUGCGAAUGGCACCGACGGUCUCGCCGCACCAGCCUUCAAGAGCAAGCGCUUUUCGGACAUCCCAUCUACCAUCGACAUCCCCAUGCAGGAUGAUGUCGAGGUUGAGAUCGACCUUCAAGUGCUCCCCGACGACCCGACGGAGCUCUGCUCAGUGUUUGAAAAUGAGCACUCGCCCAGGAUAUACUGGAUGACGGUCGCACUGGCAUACGCGAAGCAGAACAAGAUUGACUUUGCUAUCGAGAUGCUCAUCCGCGGCGCCAAUGUCCUGCAAGGCAACCAGCGUGAGAAGCUCAGCAUCAUCACCUGCAUAUGCUGGCUGUAUUUGUGGAAGAGCAGGGAAGCUCCCAGAGUCGCCCCCGAGGGCUCCCUGGUUUCCGAGGCAAGGACCAAGGAAUACUACCUUCAAUUGGCCACACAGAGUCUGAACGACGCGUCGCGCAUCAACCCAGCAUUCCCGCCCCUCUUCCUGGCCCGCGGUGUCCUGAUUCUGCUCAAGGCUUCGCUUCAGCCACCGUCCAAGGCCCCGGGGGCAGUCGAUUCUCACAAGGCAGAGCAGCUGCGCAACGCUCUCAAGUCGUUCGAAGAGGCAAUCCGCGUCUCGCAGGGGAGGAACAUGCUGGCCGUAAUGGGCACGGCGCGAGCGCUCUUCUCUCUCGGGAGGUACCCAGAGUCCCUGGCAGCUUACCAAGAUGUCCUCUCCAAGAUGCCCGACCUGGUUGAUCCCGACCCGCGCAUCGGCAUUGGUUCCUGUUUCUGGCAGUUGGGAUUCAAGGACGAUGCCAAAAUUGCCUGGGAGCGCUGCCUCGAGAUCAACCCAGACUCCAAAUACGCAAACAUCCUGCUUGGCCUCUACUAUCUUGAUGCCAGUGGCCAUGUGCCAACUAACAGCCCAGAGUUCAUCCAGCUGUACAAGAAGGCCAUGACCGAAUACACACAAAAGGCCUUCAAGCUCGACAAGAACCUGCCGCUCACUUGUGCGACUUUCGCCGGCUACUUCCUCUCCCGGAAGCAAUUCGGGAAUGUCGACGCCCUUGCCCACAAAGCCAUCCAGUACACGGACGUCAAUGCCAUUGCCAGCGAUGGCUGGUAUCUACUUGCCCGGAAAGAGCACUACGACGGCGAUCUGGAGCGCGCCAACGACUACUACCGUCGUGCCGACGACGCUAGGGGUGGUGCUGAGCGCGGCUACUUGCCUGCCAAGUUUGGCGUGGCGCAGCUGUCAGUGCUAAAGAACGAUCUGGGUGAGGCGAAGCUCCGAUUGGAGAAGAUGAUUCAGCAGUCCAAGAACUACGAGGCCAUGGUUUUGCUCGGCACCCUCUACGCCGAGGAGGUGUUCGCCAAUCAGUCGGCCGCGGUGAAGGAGGACAAGAGCGCCGAGGCGAAGAAGGCUAUCGGACUGUUGGAGAGUGCCCGGGUCGCUUGGAAGGACCCCAAGAAGAACCUCGCACCGGACGCCGCCGUUCUGCUCAACCUCGCGCGCCUAUAUGAGAACGAAAGCCCGGAUAAGGCACUGCUGUGCCUCCAGCAAGUUGAGCAGCUGGAGAUCGAUCAAGUUCCCCAAUCAGAAUACCCUGCCGACGCUGGGGAUGAGGCGGCAACCCGCGCUGCCAUCCGGAAACUACUCCCGCCACAACUCCUCAACAACAUCGGCUGCUUCUACUCCCAAGACGGGAAGCAUAAACUUGCCACCGAGUUUUUUCAGGCAGCUCUUGACUCCUGCGCCCGCAUCAGCCAGACGGAGAACGAAUUGGACAUUGAUGCCCUUCUGACAACAAUCUCUUUCAAUCUCGGUCGGAGCUAUGAGUAUGAAGGCGAGGUUGACAAGGCUGUCGACACCUAUGAGCGCCUGCUGAGUCGCCACAGCGACUACACGGACGCGCGGACGAGGCUGGCUUAUAUCAAUCUGCGCAAGAAUCCGAACAAGGAAGGCCCAGACGCGGUCGCCAAGCUCUACCAAGAGAUUCCUUCUGACUUGGAGGUUCGCGCCCUGUAUGGCUGGUUCCUGGGCAAGGUGAACUCCAAGAAAAGACCGGCAAACAUCGCAGAAGAUCCCGAGCAACGCCACCACAAGCACACCCUCCAGAACUAUGACAAGCACGAUCGAUAUGCCCUCGUUGGCAUGGGCAACCUGCAUCUCAUGUCGGCUCGCGAAAUGCGCCGCGAGACGGACCAAGACAAGCAGAAACGCAGUGCUGCAUACAGCCGCGCGGUCGAGUUCUUUGACAAGGCGCUGCAGCUUGAUCCUAAGAACGCCUACGCGGCUCAGGGCAUCGCCAUUGCCCUUGUGGAGGAUAAGAAAGACUACAAAAAUGCGCUCCAGCUCUUCAUCAAAGUGCGAGAGACCAUCCAGGACCCACACGUCUACGUCAACCUGGGCCACAUCUACGCCGAGCUGCGGCAGUUUACCAAGGCCAUCGAGAGCUACGAGAUGGCGCUCUCCAAGGAAGGCAAAGCCAACGACGCCGGCAUCCUGUCUUGCCUCGGACGGACCUGGCUCAACAAGGGCCGCGCGGAACGCAAUCUGGACGCCUACAAGAUAGCCUUGGAGCACGCCCAGAAGGCGCUUUCAGUCGCACCCGACCAACUCCACCUCAAGUUCAACGUCGCCUUUGUACAGAUCCAGCUCGCACUCACCCUGCACUCGAUGCGCGACAGCGAGCGCACCUCGUUCCAGCUCGAAGAAGCAGCCGAGGGGCUCGAAUCGGCCAUCAAGGCGCUCGACGAAAUUGCAUCGUCCCCCUCGCCGCCGUACCCAAAACACGACAUCGAGCAGCGCGCCAACAUGGCACGCAACACUCAGCGCAAACAGCUCGAGCGCGCCCUAGCCAGCCAGCGCGAGUAUGAGGCCAAGAACAAGGAGAAGCUGGCCGCGGCACUCGAGCAGCGGCAGGCCGAGCUCCGGCGGCGCGAGGAACAGCGCCUCAAGGCCGAGGAGGCGGAGCGCGAGCGCCAAGAAAAGAUCCGCAAGGAGCGCGAGGCCAUCGCCGCGCACGAUCGGCAGCUGGCCGAGCAGCGCGCUGAGGAGGAGCGCGCGCGCAUCGAGGCCGAGAUGACGACCGACAGCGAGACGGGCGAGAAGGUCAAGAGGAAGAAGAAGUCUGCUACGUCGCGCCGGGAACGGGAUUCG